CCCUGUAUAAGCCUAAGGCCCUGUAAAAAGACUGGAGAAGGAUAGAAUUUUCAACUAGCACCAAGUCAAGAGUCAAGAGUUUGAAAAUGGCAGUAGCAGACGUCAGCGACAUUCGCAAAUUCUUGAACUGGUUGAUUGCCUUUCGUGAUCCUCGUGAUAUAUGGACCAAUCACAGAAGUUUCUUGAUUGCUGAGGUUCUUUACCACAUUCUGGCUUUCUUGCUUAUAAGACAUGCGUUACAGCGUGGCGGUCGAUUUGCGUGGUACCUGCUGGCCAUCCUCAUCCAUGCAUUCGUGGUUGAAUCCAUCAGUUACAUUCUACCUGAUAUCGACAACUUCUGGCAUGCCCAAGCUACUGUGAUGCUGCUGGCAAAGAGACUACCAACGUAUAUUCUGUGCGUGUAUUACAUGUUCAUGUAUCCUUCCUUUGUUGCUGUUUCUCGAUUACGUCUACCAUUCUGGGCGGAGCCAUUUGCUCAUGCACUAGUGACAGUUCUUCUUGACAUUCCGUAUGAUAUAAUGGGUAUUAAGCAUCUAUGGUGGACAUGGCAUGACACCGAUCCAAACAUCUAUGACCGUUACUACUGGGUACCGAUCACCAGCUUCUUCUUCUGGGCGACAUUCAUGUGCAGCCAUAAUUUCCUCUUCUUCGCUACUCCGCGUUGGCUGGGGAGCAAAGCCGGAAAAUAUGAGAGCAAUUCAAUGUCGAUGGAGAUCAUCAGUGCGACUGUGGCUGGGGUGUUUGCGUUUCCCGUAGCAACCAUCCAAUUCAUCAUCAUCUAUCACAUUCCUCAUGACGUGUACGGUGUUCCUACGGGAUUCUGUCUGGGUGUACUGUUUGCAAUCUACCUGCUGGUGGUAUGGAUGGGGGAUAGGAAGCCAGCGGAUGAUGCCAGACCGUUUGGAAAACAUGGUGGGACACCAUUCUUUGACAGUGUUGGUAUAGUGGUAUUUGCCCAUUAUCUUCUCUAUCUGUUCAUGGUAUACUUUAUGAACCCUGAAACCUACCAGUCUACUGGAAUCCAUGAAGAGACCGGUAACUGCAAAGACCAGGUUACAAUGUACACUGCUUUAGGACAGCUUGCCUACAAGCAGAAAUACUUAUGUACUUCAAACUAUGAUGAGAACUACUUUGACUGGCACUGCCUUCCAGGUGAACAGCCUCCUAAGGAUAACGAGCGAUGGUACACCAUCUGUGGAAUGGACUAUCCAAACCACUUUGAAUACUGCAUGGUGGUCACGACCCAUGUCAUCUUUGGUCUCAUCGUCUACUAUCAGAUGCUCGCAAGGUCUGGCAAAGACAUCAACCCAUCAAAGAUGUAUAAACACAAGCAAAAGUAAAUCAUAGCAUCUCAAAAGGGAUUCUGUCUCCCUGUGUCUCUCUCUUCUUUCUCCUCUUUUCAUUCUUCUUCCUCUUUUCUUCCUUCUUCUGUCUCUUCUUUCUUCUUUGUCUCGUGCUCCUCUUUCUUCUCUUCCUCCAGAACCCAUGUCAUCUUUGGUCUCAUUGUCUACUACUAGAUGCUAGCAAGGUCUGGCAAAGAUAUCAACCCAUCAUAAACUCAAGUAGAAGUAGUUGUAGCGAUUUUGGACAGUGGAUGAUCUUUGAAGGUUUGCAUGGUGGUAGAGCCAAUGUAGAAGGGGCUUCGGGAUUACCAUGUGGUUAGUCCUGAAAAGGAGUGUGUGUUUGGAUUGUGGAAUUUAAGAGAAGUUAAUGAGACAUUAAAAUGAUUAAUAAAGAUCUUAUCUCAUCUCACCAUGGAGCUAUUAACAUAAAGCUCCAUGAUCUCACCUACUUUUUGCUGUCAAGACUCUUCAACUCACCUUCUCUACUCCCAAUCCAAGUCGUCACAGUUCCAAAUUUCAUCUUGUCUCAAUCGCUCUUAUUUUUAUUUUUUGCAUCAGUUUCCUCUGUUUUAUUUCACCAUCCAUUCUUUUCCAGGAAUCACUACAUAGUGAUCCGUAAACCUCUUCUAUGUUGGGAGAAGAGAGAGGGGGGUUUGUAACACAGAUCCCCAACAAUUGAUAAUUAGGGUAUAAUAUGAACUUUGACCAUUCCAAACUCAUCUUUUUUAUCAUUUCCACAUUUUUAAGGGUAAAUUAUGGCACAUCUCCAUGUGAUUUUUUUUCUUCUAAUUUCAUACCAUCAGUGUUAUUCUGUUAAAAGAAUUUUAUUUUAAGAUCUUCACUUCGAUGCCAGGUCAUGAAUAUUUUGCUCCUUUAUAAUAGAUUGAUUUUAAUCAGAAUAUAAUUAUUUUUAUAAGGGAAAGGAGGAAAUUCUUUUUUGUAUACCAAAUUUUUGUUGUGCGAAUAUCUCACUGGCGAUAAGUUCAAGUCUACUCUGUAUGUAUGUGUAAAAAUCUCGGUGUAACAUGAAAUGUUAUCAAAUAAUGUAAUCUAUUUGUGACAUAGAAAUGAAGGACAAUGGCAUGUUGAUCUAAAAUGAAAAAAAAAAUAAUGAGAUAGCAAAGCAAGCCUUAAUGUAAUUCAAGUUACAAUAUUAUUACAAUCAACAAGAAUUUCAUGUGAAUGACUGGUAAAAGGGUUAUACUAUUAAUACAGUAAGAUAGCUGUUGGAUUUUUAGAUGAAGUGCACAAAAAGUACUUAUUUUUUAUGUAAAAAUUGUAAUUAUGUGAUACAUGGUGUAUAUAUAUAUAUAGACUCUCCCACCAAAUCACUCAAGGUUCAAGAAAAACAAGGAGGUAAAGAAAGACCAUUCAUGAAGUAUAACAAACUUGCCUUGUGAAGUAAAUAAUACAGAAUAGGAGAUGAUACAGAAUUUUACGGUAUCUCCUAUUUUUAAUAUAGAAAGAAAAACUAUAUAUUUUUCAUUAGUUUUAUAUGUUUAAUACUGUGCGGGUUUUAUGAGCUAUUAUAACAGUACAAUUUUAACAAACUUAGAAGUUGAUCAUGAGGUAGAUAAGUUAGUGACCCUAAAACUCUAUUUUGUAUUCAAAUGUGCCAAGGAUAUUUAUGUUACUACAUUUAUCAUCUACUAAGAGUAGAAUGUGUUAAACACUUUUAUGCAAUCCAAGGGUAUCAUUGCUUGUGCAAUGUUAACAAUUAUGUUUUAUUGAUUUUACAAUCAAGUGCACUUGAUACAGUACUGAUAUGAUUAAAUGUGAUCAUAUGCUUUUUAAUGACCAUACUUCCAGUUGUUUGUUGUGUUUAUGAAGAAGUAUG